AUGGCAUCUAGCCAAAGAUUUCAAACCCCAUCCAGGGCCUCAUCCGAGCAGUCAGCUCGUACACAACUCUUCAGCCAGUCUAGCUCGGUGUUUGUUCGAUCUGGUCCUGAUGGCCGUGUCUUCUCUACCCCUAACCGAGGGCUUGCACCCCCGAGACUUCCCAACUCAUCAAACAGAGCUUCUUCAAGAAAUUCAAGUCUUACAAGCUUAAGAGGCACAAAGCAAUCCUAUCCAUCUUCUCCUCAACUCCCCCCUCAUCCUCAAAGACAACGGUUGUCCCUACGUCCACCAUCUAGUCGAGGCUCGUCAAACCCUACAAACCGUCAACCUGAAGUUAAUGGCGCUUCAUGCUCUGGCGAUACACUGUCUGAUGAAGAAGCAGAUGCAAUGAGGGAAACCAUCAUGGCAAUCGACAUGAAAGACAAUGGCGAUCUUGGUUGUAGCUACUAUAUUGCAUGUGAAGAAGCCCUGUUUCUUCUAGAGGAUGUUGCUAUGGGAGGUAUUGACCUGGUAGAAACACUUCUUGUCCAUGUGAAUCCCACUACCGUGCUUAUUUCUGCGAGGUCCUCUGAAAAGCUAGCGAAUUAUCUUGCUAAGGGGGCACAAGGGGUCGAUGGGAACCAGGGUGACCUACAGAGUGCCUACAUCUUGAGAAAUCUCAAUUCUACCGACUUUCGCUACGAUCCCGGCAAGGAAAAGUUGCUAGGACUGAACCUUGAAACACCAGGUCACCAGAGCAUACUCUACACGUCCGUAGUUGACGAUUAUGUGGAUGAGACCGAUGGCCUUGGUGGCCAAGAAAAUUCAAGGCAAGGCCGUCUAAUGCGCCUUGGAACUUCUAUCAACCUCGAUAGUCGACUUACGAUAGGUUGCGCUGGCGCGGUGCUUGGCGAUCUUCAACGGAGGAGAACCGUUCAUUACCUGCCUGGCGACCCCGAUGCCCUAGUAGCUUUCAGGAUUAGAUCCGUUGAGAUGUUCGCAUUAUUCGACUCUAUGUUUGUAAACGCUGAUACUCUAAUCUCUCUCCAAAUCCUACAAUCAGAAUACCACCCCAAUAGUCAUCAAAGGGGUCCUAAUAGUUCUUCCUCUGGGGCCAAAGAGAACCUAUCCAUAUAUGGGCUUUUCCAACAUCUAGCUCGCACCCCCCAAGGAAAACUGAAACUCCGCCAAAUAUUCUUACGGCCAAGCACUGAUAUCGACUUGAUCCACACCCGCCAGAAGACGAUACAGUUCCUAUUGCGACCUGGUAAUGCGGAAAUCCUCGUACAGCUGAGCAACGAACUCAAGAAGAUCAAAAACAUGAAGACAGCCAUGGCCAAUGUAGAGAGGGGGGUCGAUGUUCCCGGUCGCAAGAUUACUAUUUCUAACAACGUUUGGGCUUCUUUACAGAUGUUCGCCGCAUACAGCUUACGACUCAGGGAUUCCCUCCGAACCCUGCCAGGGGCAGAAAAGGUUGCAAUUAUCAGAAAGGUUAUCGAUAUUAUACAGCCACUUCCUCUCUGUCAAGUAGGCGAGCUCAUCAGUCAAACCAUUGAUUUUGAGCAAUCUAUCGAACGUGGAAGGACAGCUGUGAAACAGGGCGUGGACGCUAAUCUAGAUGAAUUAAAACGAAGUUAUGAUGGCAUGGAGAAUUUCCUAACGAACGUCAUAGCGAAGUUGAGAGGCGAACUACCAGAAUGGGCCCGAAAGUAUGUUCAAAAUUGCAUUUUCUUCCCGCAGCUCGGUUUCUUGACUGUAGUUUCACUCAACUCCGAGACGGGUAAAGGGAAUUACGACGGUGAAGGGUUGAAUGAUGUAUGGGAACGAAUGUUUACAGCCGAGGGCUGUGUCUAUUAUAAGAAUCGACAGAUGAAGGAUAUGGAUGAGCAUUUCGGAGAUGCGUACUGCAUGAUUAUUGACCGGGAAAUCGAACUGAUCCAUGAACUUGCGGUUAAGAUAUCAGCACAACAGGAGGCCAUCAUUGCAGCGUCGGAUGUCCUUGGCGAGCUCGAUAGCAUAUUUGCACUAGCCAUCGGCUGUGGGCAGUACAACUGGGUUGUGCCGAAAAUGACGACGCAGAAUAUUAUACAUAUCGUAGGUGGUCGCCAUCCUUUGCAGGAAUUAGUAGUACCAUCGUUCAUUGCGAAUGACUGCUACAUUGCUAGCGGACCUGGUGACGAAGAUGAGGAGACGGAAAAUGAGAUUGGGACGGAGACUGAGCGAAACUCGAUUGAGCACCCGAGUACUUUUAUACUAACGGGUCCAAACCACUCUGGCAAGAGUGUAUAUCUCAAGCAGGUUGCGCUCAUUGUGUAUCUGGCACACAUUGGCUGCUUCGUGCCAGCCGAGAAAGCUUAUAUCGGGAUAACUGACCGUAUACUUACACGUAUCGCUACACGCGAGAGCGUGGCAAAGAACGAGAGUGCAUUCUCUAUCGACCUUCGUCAAGUUGCCUUUGCGAUGAACUUUGCAACUCGUAAGAGCCUUGUGCUCAUAGACGAGUUUGGUAAGGGCACAAACAGUUUAGAUGGUGCAGGGCUAGUCACAGCAGUAUUAGACCAUUUCACUUCCCUUGGCCCUGAGAGGCCCAAGGUUUUAGCCGCUACGCACUUUCACGAGAUAUUCGAGGGCGAUUUUCUAGUAGAAACCCCGGAGCUGGCUUUUGGGCAUAUGGAUGUCCGAUUGGACUUCGACGCCCCUACCAUGGAAGAUCAAGUUACUUAUCUUUUCCAAUUGGCCCCGGGUAGAAGUGUCUCGAGUUUUGGUAGUCGGUGCGCGGCGAUGAAUGGUAUCGAUCAGGCGAUCGUGGAGAGGGCGGAAUCGUUGAUGCUCAUGAUAGCCCGAAACGAGGACCUUGAAGUAGUAUGUUCCAAUCUUUCGGAGGACGAGACGAAUAAACUUGAGGAGGCUGAGGCUGCGGCACGAACCUUUCUUGAACAGGACAUCACGGCGCCGUCACCUACUAGCGGACAGAGGCGACAGCAAGAUGCUGGUUGGUAUCGAGAGAUUCUUGAUCAAACACUGGCACCCGAUGAGUCAACUUCAAGUCUUAGCCCAAGCAUUUCCUGA